AACAAGUCGAUAAUAUUUUGAAUAAAGAAAAAUCUGAAGAAUCUUCAACAAAGAAGUUACGAUUGGAUUAUGAAGACGAAUCUUCUGAUGAAAAUAAGAGUUUAACUACCUCAAAAGUUGAAAGUAAAAAAAUAGACCAUUUUCUUGCUCAAGAUAAAAGUGUCAUCGAGCAUUAUCGUUGGUUGAAUCCUCACUUAGUGUUACCUAGCAGAAAACA